AUGCAUACAAAACAAUCCCAAGGGGGCUCGAUGCUAGACGAUAAAGGACGUACUCUAAAAAGGUCUUAUAGUGAUGCAAACUCUUCCUUCUCAGAAACAAGCUCUACUGGGACCAAACCCCAGCAAACCUCCGUCGUUGGUUCAGAAUCUCGGCUCACAGAUAUCUCUCCUAUGGCUUCGCUUGAAUCGUUUUUGCAAAAGCCUUCACCUUUUUAUAAAACGGCUCCUAACCACACACCUAGUGUCAAGACCAAACAGCCCCAACCAUUUGAUCUGCACCUGCACCCCCGUCUUCGCCUUAAGAAACUCGAAGUUCUUGAGCGCCUGCCAGACGUCUUGUCUCAGUACUGCGACAAAAUCAUUCAAGAGAGCUCUGAUUAUCUCUCAUCGGCACCUCCUCUCCCGGGACCGAAGACUCUUCCCGAUACUUUAGUUGACCCGAUCGCAAACGAAGAUAAGCUGGUUACCCAAUACAUUAUAGACCAUGAGGCACAUUUGCGGGUCGCAUCUGGACUCCUCUUCAAAAAGGGGUGGAAGAAAGUACUCAAUAUGGUCAAACCAGACCAGGAUCGACACGAAGCCAUUGCGGACGUUCUAACAACAAUCAAUAAACAGGUCAAAACCUCUUUGACUAGAGAGCAGAUUUCGGAUAUCGAAUUGAUCCGCAAAUACCUACUUGACGUUUUUGUUACCUUUGAAUUCAAAAGUUUGGUGUGUGGCCCCCCGAUUUUCCAAAGUUUGCGCCGCCUGGAGGGUGAUUUUCCUUGGAUGGCAUGCGAAGAGAGGACAAAUUCCAAAGAUAGCUCUACCUCAUGCGGACGACCUGGUCAUCGUGUCGGCGGCUCGUUGAUUACUACUGGCAGACUAACCACUCCUGAUUCGGUUAUCAUCAAGAAUCUCAUUAAUGAAGCCCAAAAACGCAACACAGGGUCUGCUAAGCGUCUUAAAGAAGACCUGGAACCACUUGCCCUGACCAACAAGAACAGUGUACUCUAUCUCCUACAACAGGCGAGUAGAUCUUUUUUUGUUAAGCUCACAUAA